GAGCAACUGGCUGCCAACUCCGGAGCGGCGCUCCCUCCCUCGCCAGUUACGUGCCGGGGGGCAGCGGGGAACGCGGCGCUCUCGGCAGGGCCGGUUCCCACGUCUCUCGUUCUCCUCUCGCCCGGGCAACUUCCCACCGCCGCUCCUCGCCUUGGAUACCCCGCGGGCGGGCCGGGGCCGAGAGCCGGAGGUGGUCUCGGCGGAAGGGAUUCCUGGGUUUUUCCAGCCGUCCGGGAGCUGGUCGGAUUUUACGCCCCGCUGUUGGAGAGGAGAGGCGAGGCAAAAGGCAUGAAAGUUCAGUUAUCAAUGUAACCAGCCUACUGGUCAGAGGCAGGAUGCUUUGGUUUUUGCUCCUGAUCUCCAUGGGGACAUCGGAAUUGGAAGAGCACUUCGAUCCAGCUAAGUGUCGGUAUGCGCUUGGAAUGCAGGAUCGCACCAUUCCAGAUGAAGCUCUUUCAGCCUCAAGUUCAUGGCAUGAUUCAACGGCGGCAAAACACAGCAGGCUGGGCCUGAGUGAGGGUGAUGGAGCUUGGUGCCCUGCAGGACCCGUCUAUCCCAAUGAUGCAGAGUACCUGGAGAUAGACCUGCGCCGGCUGCAUUUCCUAACCUUGGUGGGGACGCAGGGCCGCCACGCAGGUGGCCACGGCAAGGAAUUUGCUCGGUCUUAUCGGCUCCAUUACAAGCGGGAUGGCCAUCACUGGAUGCCUUGGCAUGACCGGUGGGGCAAUGAGGUGAUUUCAGGCAAUGAAAACACUGAAGAUGUGGUGUUGAAGGAUCUGGGUCCUCCCAUCAUUGCCCGGUACAUCCGCUUCUACCCCCGUUCAGACCGUGUCAUGAGUGUCUGCUUGCGAGUGGAACUCUACGGCUGUGUCUGGAAAGAUGGCCUUCAAUCCUAUACGGCCCCUUUAGGUCAGGAGAUGAUUUUGGUCCCGGAAAAGGUCUACCUGAAUGACUCCACUUACGACGGGUCCAGUGUCAGCAAGUUACACUUUGGGGGUCUUGGCCAGUUGACAGAUGGAGUGGUGGGACUGGAUGACUUCACCCAAACCAAAGAGUUCCGGGUUUGGCCUGGAUACGACUAUGUGGGCUGGAGCAAAAGAACUUUUCCUGACGGUUUCCUCAAGAUGGAGUUUGAGUUUGACCGACUCAGAUCCUUCACAUAUAUGAAGGUUCACUGCAGCAAUAUGCACACGCGUGGCGUGAGGAUCUUCGAGCAGGUGGAUUGCCUCUUCAAGCACAGCCUUGCCACAGCUUGGGAGCCUGUCCCGGUCUCCCUACAGCUUUCGGUGGAUGUCAGGAACCCCAGUGCUCGCUCUGUCACCAUACCCCUGGAGGGACGAAUCGGCUUGUUCGUCCAGUGCCAUUUUUACUUUGCCGCCGAGUGGAUGCUCUUCAGUGAAAUCGCCUUUCUCUCAAAUGUUGUGGAUGACCCUUCUCUUGUUGUUUCAAGUCAGUAUCCGGCAGUGGUGGCCCCACCUCACCCUUCAGGCCGCAACGUUCCCAUCUCUCCGGCUCUUGGUUCCUCGCUCAAUGACAGAGCCGACGGCACCUCGAACCUCACCCAGGCAGAUCUCGAGGGCGAAGCGAAAUCUGGCCAGCCAAUUGCGAAGGACGACAACAGCAACACCUCCAUUUUGAUUGGCUGCUUGGUGGUCAUCAUCCUCCUUCUCCUGGUUGUCAUAUUUCUCAUUCUCUGGCGUCAAUAUUGGCAAAAGAUUUUAGGAAAGGCUCAACGCCGCAUCUCUGACGAUGACCUCACUGUCCACCUCUCUGCACCGAACGACACGAUUGUCAUCAACAACACAAUGAGCUCCAACAGGCACUCCAACCGAUACGAGCGGAUCCUUUCGGGGGAAACAGAAUACCAGGAACCCAACAGAGCACGCAUGAAACUCCCAGAUCUUCCUCACAGUGCCGAGAAUUCUGCUCUGCUGCUCAGCAACCCGGCUUACCAUCUCCUCCUGGCCACCUAUGCCCAGCCAAUGGGAAGGCCUGCUUUCCCGCCACCCAGCCAGGUUAAGCCAAUCAACACCAAUGAGUGUGGGAUUGACUACAUGGAACCAGAACUGGCUGCCAGCCAGCCAAGUUUCCAGAACAACGUGCCACAUUACGCCGAAGCCGACAUCAUCAACCUGCAGGGAGUGACUGGAGGGAACACAUAUGCUGUCCCUGCUGUUGCGGUAGAUGCCCUUGCCAGCAAGGACAUGGCAGUAGGCGAAUUUCCCCGGGAACGGCUGAUCUUCAAGGAGAAGUUGGGCGAAGGGCAGUUUGGAGAGGUCCACCUGUGUGAGGUGGAGAACCCCCAAGAUCUGCCAAGCUUGGAGUUCCCUUUCAACGUGCGCAAGGGACGCCCUCUGCUGGUUGCUGUGAAGAUUCUACGCUCGGAUGCCACCAAGAAUGCCAGGAAUGAUUUCCUGAAGGAGGUGAAGAUCAUGUCUCGCCUGAAGGACCCUAACAUUGUGAGAUUGUUGGGUGUGUGCGUGCGGGACGAUCCGCUGUGUAUGAUCACAGAGUACAUGGAGAAUGGGGACCUCAACCAGUUCCUGAGUGGACAUGAGCUGGAAGACAAGCUGGGUGGCAGCCCCAAUGGGAGACCAACCAUCAGCUAUCCCACUUUGGUCCAUUUAGGGGCUCAGAUAGCCUCAGGAAUGGCGUUCCUUGCCUCCCUCAAUUUUGUGCACCGGGAUUUGGCAACCCGAAACUGCCUGGUAGGUGAAGGCUUCACCAUCAAGAUCGCAGACUUCGGCAUGAGCCGGAACCUCUAUGCCGGAGAUUAUUAUCGCAUCCAAGGCCGAGCUGUGCUCCCGAUCCGCUGGAUGGCUUGGGAGUGCAUUCUCAUGGGUAAGUUCACCAUGGCCAGUGACGUUUGGGCAUUUGGAGUUACGCUGUGGGAGAUUCUAAUGCUGUGCCAAGAACAGCCAUACAGCCAGCUCACGGAUGAAGCUGUAAUCGAGAACGCCGGCGAGUUUUUUCGGCAUCAGGGCAAACAGGUCUAUCUCUGCCGUCCGUCCACCUGCCCCUUGGCUGUCUAUGAGAUGAUGUUGAGAUGCUGGGCAAGAGAGGCCAAGGACCGCCCAUCCUUCCAACACCUGCACUGCUUCCUGGCUGAGGAUGCCCUCAAUAUGGUGUGAACCAAACUAGCACUGGCCAUCGGAGGCUGUGUUAAGAAGUUGGACAGCACCAUCGAGACUGCUGGAGACUGGAUGCGGCUCAGAGGCCAUCAUGCUCCAGAGCAUUUUUGUGGGACAUCUGGUCGUUCAGCCUUUGCUCAUCCAAAUCUCACCAUUCACCUUCCGAUAUGUGGUUCUCUUUCUCGACUCUUUUUUCUUUCUCCCUGGUCAUCUCUUAACUAACUUAUUUCAUCACACGAUCCAAAAUUGUUAUUCUGAAAUUCUUACCCGAUGGUUUGUUUUUCCGCUCGUGUAAAACUCCUAUUUCUCCUUGUCCUAGAUCAGAUUUAAACCAACUUGGUGCCUUCCUGCUUUGUCUAGAAACUACCAUUCUCAAAGUUUUUUUUUUAGCAUUUAUCAACCACAGAGUAAGCAACCGGGGGCCCUCCAUCAGUCUGUCCCAUAUUCCGUCAAGAACAUUUGCCGCAAAGGACAGUUGUAAAUCCAAAACAUCUGGCGAACAUGAGAUUGUCUGUAGCCAGAGACCAUGUUGGCUAGAAAGGCUGAACACAUCUGGGAGACACCCAAGCAAGGAAGCUGCUCUGUCAAAAGUAGCCCUAUUCAUCCUGCCAUAAUUGGAAGAAAUAUUUUAUGACUUGUUCUUCCAAACGUUUUUCUUCUCUUGCAUCAUUCUAGGUCUUUCUUCUGUUCUUUGAUCUCCAGGUUUUGAGGGUGAGCUAAGGAAGCAGGGUUAGUGGCUAAGGUAUUUACUGAAGCCCCCUUUUUCUGUUUUCCUUCCUUCAGCAGCAAACCGGGCACAGUAUAAUGUUCUGAUUGGGCUAAUCAUGUCCUUUCCAUCCAUUCAGUGCUAGCAGCUCUAUAAGCAGGUCUCCUACAGAGGACUGUAAACAAGAGGUGCUAUUCAGCAGGUUCUGACAGGUUCUGGAGAACCGGUAGCGGAAAUUUUGAGUAGUUCGAAGAACCGGCAAAUACCACCUCUGGCUGGCCCCAGGAGUGGGGUGGGAAUGGAGAUUUUGCAGUAUCCUUCCCCUGCCACGCCCACGCCCACCAAGCCAUGCCCACAGAACUGGUAGUAAAAAAAAAAAUUGAAUUCCACCACUGCUGUAAACCCAAAGGACCUCGUUCCCCAAUUUCACAGUCAGAUCCACCCCUAAGUAGCCCUAGAUUUCAGCCCCUCAUUGAGAAGAUGAGGAGAGGAUAUUCAGGUUGGCUUGCUUAGCAGGAGUCUGUAAGGAUGGCUGCAGUAAAAUACCUAAACAUUUUGAACAAUCGAGCACAGUACAAUAUGUGCAUUUUGCCACUUUUAAUACUAACACUCCCUUUUUUUUUUCAUACCCUCCAAUUCUUUCCUUUGACACUCCAGAGAAAUUGUGGGGGAGCACUCUUCCCCCCCCCCGUCCUUCACACACUCCUUUAGCUUGUCAAAUUAGAUUAAAUGGGGUUUUUGAAUGCUCUUUAAUGGGAUCCUAACAGAAACAUUACACUGGAUUUAUAAGCGAAGUUGGGGUGAUUGUUCCAUCCAUUGCUGAAAGCUUUUCCUUCCUUCCUUCCUUCCUUCCUUCCUUCCUUCCUUCCUUCCUUCCUUCCUUCCUUCUUUCCUUCCUUCCCUCCCUCCCUCCCUCCCUCCCUCCCUCCCUCCCUCCCUCCCUCCCUCCCUCCUUCCUUCCUUCCUUCCUUCCUUCCUUCCUUCCUUCCUUCCUUCCUUCCUUCCUUCCUUCCUUCCUUCCAUAUGCUUUCAAACUGAACUGAACACAUAUCUUUUGUGGUUAAAGGUUGGAUUCAUGCACAGCAACCUGUGUAACACGGUGUGCAAGGGUCUCUGCGGAUCUUCCAUAAAAGCGAUUGGUGUUGGUAUGGGGGCUUGGAUGAGAACAUGGGAGUUGUAAUCUAUCAGAGCUGGGAAGGCCUAAUGUUAAGCAAGGCUACCGGGCACUGUAAUUCACUAGCAUUGAGGAAAGGGGUGUGGACUGGAUUUCAUUCCUCCCCUUGCAUAAUGGAAGGUUAUAUCAUUAACCUUGGUGAACUCAGUAGUGUUCCACUGUUUGUAUCUGAUGCCUUUCUCCAGAAAGUCAGUCAGUCAGUUUCUCUCCCUCUCCCUCCCUCUCUCUCUCUCUCUCUCCCUCCCUCCCUCCCUCUCUCUCUCUCUGUGUGUCUGUGUCUGUGUCUAUUUCUCUCUGCCUCUUUGUCUGUCUCUGUUUCUCCCCCUCCCUCUUUUUUGCUGUAUUUCUUCCCCCCCUCGUUUUCUGUGAAAGUCUGCAUGUGUCAAAAGGGAUAUUUUAGGCCUUUGACAGACUCCAUCUGAGGGGGCUGCAUUUUCAGCUUUAGAUUCAUGGACUAACACUGGCAAAAUAACUGGGACCAUCUGGUCCAAGCACACUGGGAUUAAUUAAGCACUGGAUGUUUGGAGAAGCUGGAAGAAGGAAGUGGCUUCAAAGAUACUUUGCAAAUCCAUGGUUGGCCAAGAGAUACCUGGUCCUCGCUGUUGUCAAGAGUGGACAAGAAAAGAAGGAAGGAACUGAGAUUGGCCGGAUCUGACGUGGCACCGACCGGACUUUGAUCUGGAUGUGUUCAUGGACUGAACCGAAAAAAAGAAUGGAUGCUGGUUCCUCAUAAGGACCAGUUUUGCCAUUCCACAUCCUCCAGAUCAUCCCAAAAUAUGAGGACUUGGCCCUGUUCUUUGUACACUUGUUUGUUUUUUUCCUGGAGACUUGAGGUGACCUGAUUGUAGAUACUGUACUGUAUAAAAGGGUGGUUGGAAAAAAUGCACUUUUCCAAACUAAAGAGAAGAGUCAGGAAAUCAGUGCGCGAGUUUUUCUUUUCUCCUGUGAUUCCAUGAUAAAGAUGCCACUCCAAAAGUGCCCUGGAAGUUAGCCAUGGCAUCCGGGCACAUUCCUAGCUGCCAUCUUCGUUGGAUCACACAGGCAACUUCUGACAGGCAACCUAUGCAAUAAAUACCUUGGUGGAAAGGAGACAAAAGGACAAAAAGACUUUCUUUUUAGCCUCCAACACAAUAUUGUUUAAUGUCUUAAGCAAUAAAUAUAUUUUGUUAAGUAAUUAAUUCACCAAGCCUCUUUCAAAGUUGUAGAAAGUUGCAGAAACGGGAAUUCCCAAUGUCCUCAAUAGGUCCUAAAAUAAUUAAGAGCUUUCUAUGCUUUUGGUGGAGGCAUCCUUUAUCAGAAAAAAAACAAAACAAAAAACACAACCCAAGUUAAAACAUAAGUGACAAACAUUUGUUGAACCUGGUCCUUCAGAAGUUAUCGUUGUGCAGCUCAGUCUUACAUGUUUUUGCUUAGAGCAGGGGUGUAUCAAACCCGCAUAGUCAUGUGGCAUAUUACGACUUUUUUCCCCUUUCCCUAAACCGGGGGUGGGCGUGGCCAGCGCAUGACGAAUCCGGCCUGCGGGCCGCGAGUUUGACACUCCUGAAGAUUUGUAGGGUUCGUUGACAACUCAGAUUGUAUAGACUAUAUAGAACGUCCUAUUCUGUUAAAUUGAUUGCAUCCAGAUUUAUGCAAUUGAAAGAAAUUCUAACACUGAAAACCAAGGACAGGGUUCACGCACAGUAGUAACCCAGGGCUUGUUUUAAUCAUGGUUUGUUCGAUGGUCUGAAUGCUCAUGUUGCAAGCUGUAAACCAUGACUUAUAAGCCACAGUGGCUUGGUAUGUAAAACAUGCGUAUUAAAAACAAACGGAGCUGUUGUUUUACGAUAUUGUCAGAAAGUGCAAAAGAUUGUGUGGUGGUGUUCUUUGGCAGACAUCUUGAAUAGAUUACCAUAUUUGGGCUGUAAAAAUCUAGAGAACUGCUAAAGGCAGCAAGCAGUAGGUUUCAUGUACCUCUUUGCUUCCUCUGACUGUUCAUCUGGAUUUUUUGCAGUCCAGAGAUGAUAGUCCUACUUGUGCAAAAGAGGGUGUAGUGUGUGAUGCACUUCUGAAUUUUAGUUCUUGUGUCUUUUUUCAAAUAUGUACAAAUGCGAGAAAAGCUUUUCCAUACAUAGAAUGAUUCCCUGGAAUCAGCGUGCAAAGGGAGGUAUGCUACGGUUAUAUUUCUAUUCUCUCAGGAGGAAGUACCACAAAGCUGAAUGUUUUUUUUCCAAGAAAUUGUAUAUAGAAUUGUAGCUUUAGUCAUGACUAACUGUUGCUUGAUGGGGGUAAGCUAAUGUUUCAAGUAUUUUCAAUUGUUUGAAAUUUACCCGUCUUAAUUACAGUAGAUGUAUAUUUCUGUUUGAAAAUGUUUCAGUGGUACAGUGUGCCUAUAACAGCUUCUUUUUUGUUUGUUUGUUUCAUCAUCUCUCCAUUUAUCCUGUCAAAUGCCUUUUUUUGUGUUUUCCUGGGAAUACUUGUAGCUGUUUGUUUCUUUAUGUGUAUCGGGAUGUGUAUAUAUUUGAAGAGCAGAAAAAAAAAUAGAUUUUUUUACAUUAAUAUAUAGAAGUUUGGGGGUUCGUUUGUUUCUAGUUCCUUUCCAUUUAUGUGGUGAAAUAAAACGCUUUGCAUUUUGUAUACUACCA